AUGAGCCACCCACUACCACGGUGCGUACACCCAUGGACCGCGCCUACCAUCACCAACAAGCACGACACAGUCACGAUCAAAGUUGGCGCCGGCGGCAAUAUCCAGCAGUAUGACCUACAUGUUGAAGCACUCAGAGCGCGCUCGCGACACUUCCACGAGGCCCUUCCAGCAUUCUCAAACGAGGAGCGCACAGCGAUCCACCUCGCGUGCUCUGCGCCAAAGCGAUUCGACGCCUUCGCCAACUGGCUUUACAGCGGCAGCCUAGGCUCCAGCGAUGACAUUAAUGUGAGAUACCUCUUCUUAUGCGAACUCCACGUAUCUGCCGACACCUUCGAUAUCCCGCUCCUGCGCAACAAGAUUGUGGACGUGUUCUUCAACAAGCUUUUGCGCGACGCCCAGCCACUGCCAUACGACAUCAUGAAGUACAUCGAGGAGCACCUGAGGGACUCUGCUUUGAGGACCAUGAUGCAAGACAUCAUGCUGAACUGCGGCGAGACGGAGGACAUGGCGGAGUGGAAGGUCAACCUUGCGAAGGGCUUCAGGAUGGAAGGUGGUAGAAACAAAGACGUCGCUGAGACAAUUGGAAGGAAUUCAAAUGUGAGAGAGUACUUGGUCGCAUUGAGGGGUAAGGUAUGCGAGAAAUAUCACGAACAUGUGGAGAGAGAUGAGAUGGUCGUGGAACGUGAGGAAGUGUGGUUCUUCGAUCCACCUCUAAACUAA